ACUUACAGAUUCCAGUCUGAUGUUAGAAGAUUAUUCAUCGAAGUUGAGCCCGCAAGCAAAGAGAGCCAAGAAGAGCCUUCUCUCUGGGGAGGAGAAGGAAAAUCUGCCAAGUGACUAUAUAGUGCCCAUUUUCUCAGGACGCCAAGUGCAUGUCAGUGGAACUAGAGAUACGGAAGAAGAAAGAAUUAAGGAAGCUGCUACUUAUAUAGCCCAGAGGAAUCUUCUUGCUAGUGAAGAAGGAAUCACGGCAUCCAAACAGUCUGCUGUAUCCAAACAGUCAGCUAUAUCCAAACAAUCUGCUGUAUCCAAACAGUCUGCUGUAUCCAAACAGUCCUCAGUAUCCAAACAGUCUACGUCCACUCUUCACCAGGAGGAAGCUUUUGAGAAGAAGUCAAGGAAAGUAACAAUUCGAGAGAAGGCAGAACGGCUGUCGCUGAAAAAAACAUUAGAAGAAACUGAGGCAUUUCACAGAAAGUUGAAUGAAGAUCAUCUUCUCCAUGCUCCUGAAUUUGUCAUUAAACCUCGUUCCCACACUGUUUGGGAGAAAGAAAACGUAAAAUUACAUUGUUCUGUAUCAGGCUGGCCAGAACCUCGUGUCACAUGGUAUAAAAACCAGGUGCCAAUCAAUGUCCGCGCAAACCCUGGAAAAUAUAUUAUUGAGAGUCGCUAUGGAAUGCACACUCUGGAGAUCAAUGCAUGUGAUUUUGAAGACACUGCUCAGUACCGGGCCUCUGCGAUGAACGUUAAAGGAGAGCUUUCAGCAUAUGCUUCGGUCGUGGUAAAGAGAUAUAAGGGAGAGUUUGAUGAGACUCGCUUCCAUGCUGGGGUUUCCACCCUGCCCCUCAGCUGUAAGUUUAAAAAUAUAUUUGCUAAGUGUCAUCUCUAUUUAAAAUACAUCAGAAUAAGCCAUUCUAUAAUGCUGAAAUGCCGCCCUUCAGCACCCUGGACUGGGCAGAUCAUUGUCACUGAAGAGGAACCUACAGGUAAAAGCUCAGUUUUCCCCAGAUACUGUUGCAAGUGUUUUGCCAUGUGGUUUAGCCUUUAUUACGGAGGGUGUGAGGUGGGCACAGAUAGCUGGUCUCAAUGCAAUGAUACACCUGUGAAGUUUGCUCGUUUUCCAGUUACUGGAUUGAUAGAAGGUCGUUCUUACAUAUUCCGAGUUCGAGCUGUGAAUAAAAAUGGAAUAGGUCUACCAUCUAGAGUUUCUGAGCCUGUGGCUGCUCUGGAUCCAGCUGAGAAAGCUAGACUUAAAAUUGUACUUAUAAAGGGGGCUGCCAGCAAAUCUACCCAAGCUUUCUCUGAAGAAGGACAUUAUCUUUACUAUCCUGAGGGUAUUAUUCCCGGGCCCCCCACAGACCUCUCAGUCACAGAGGCUACCCGGAGCUAUGUGGUGCUAAGUUGGAAGCCUCCUGGCCAGCGUGGCCAUGAGGGCAUUCUGUACUUUGUGGAAAAGUGUGAUGCAGGAACAGAAAACUGGCAGCGGGUGAACACAGAGCUCCCCGUGAAGUCUCCCCGCUUUGCUCUGUUCGACCUGGCUGAAGGGAAAUCCUACCGUUUCCGCGUCCGCUGUUCUAACUCAGCAGGAGUUGGUGAGCCCUCAGAGGCAACCGAAGUGACCGUGGUAGGGGACAAACUUGAUAUCCCCAAGUCCCCAGGCAAAAUCAUCCCGAGCAGAAAUACAGACACGUCAGUGAUAGUUUCAUGGGAGGAAUCCAAAGAUGCUGAAGAGCUGGUCGGGUACUACAUAGAGUCAAGUGUUGUUGGCUCUGGCAAGUGGGAGCCCUGCAACAACAACCCUGUGAAGGGUCCACGCUUUAGAGAAUAUAGCUCUUCAGAUAUUUAUGAGUUCAACCAUGAAGUGACAUUUUCCAAGAAAGAUGCUGGGAUUUAUGAAGUUAUCCUGAAAGAUGACAGAGGAAAAGAUAAGAGCAGACUGAAGCUUGUGGAUGAAGCCUUUAAAGAACUGAUGAGUGAAGUAUGUAAAACAAUAGCUUUGUCUGCUACAGACUUGAAAAUCCAGAGCACAGCCGAGGGCAUCCGGCUGUACUCUUUUGUUACUUAUUACCUGGAUGAUCUGAAAGUUAACUGGUCCCACAACGGGACUCCUAUUAAGUACUCAGACAGAGUUAAGAGUGGGGUCACCGGGGAACAGAUCUGGCUGCAAAUCAGUGAGCCCACUCCGAAUGACAAAGGGAAAUAUGUGAUGGAGCUCUUUGAUGGCAAAACUGGACACCUGAAGACAGUGGAUCUUUCUGGACAAGCAUAUGAUGAAGCCUUUGCUGAAUUCCAAAGACUAAAACAAGCUGCCAUUGCCGAGAAAAAUCGUGCCCGAGUGUUGGGUGGACUCCCUGAUGUGGUCACCAUCCAGGAAGGCAAGGUAAGUAUGGAGCACUCCUGUCCCUGCUUCUUCCACACUAGCAAUGGAUUCCAGUGCCCCAGACUUCGUUCCGUCUAAGAGCUCCCACCAUCUUCAUCUUAAGCCACUGCUGCUUAGGCUUGACAUCAGAGUAGCCAAAUACAAGAUUCAAAAUGCAGUCCAUUUUCCAGUCAUCUUAACAGUUUGUAGGCCAAGCAUCAGGAUACAAGUUCGCCUUAUGUGGUCACAUGUAGACCACUUAGUCUCUUUCCAGAGGUACCCUUUCAUAUCACAAGAAGCAAAAAAGGUUCAAUCACAACUAUAUGACAAAUAUAAUUGGAGAAAGAUGCGACCUCUAACACCUAGUGGAAAAUGGGCUGUCCUGUUAAAUACUUUACCUCUGAAGGGAAACAUCCUGCUCCAUGAAUUUCUAUAGGCUCUGUUUCAGUUGAAAACU